UUGCGACUCAUUUGCCGUUUUUGACGUUUACUGUCAAUCAAAACAAUUUUUUAUUCAAAAAAUGGGCAUAACUAACGAUGUCAAUCUACCAACGGAAGAAGAAUUAACCGUUCAAGAAGUAAACCUCUCGGGCCCUGUUUUGAAAGCCGCUGCGUUUCAUUUAGGACGAUCUUGCUUACAUGAGAAUAAUGAAUUUAUGUUGUGUAGAAAUGAAUUAGGUGAUCCUAGAAAAUGUCUGGAAGAGGGCAAAGCGGUUACAAGCUGCGCGUUGAACUUUUUCCGUCAAGUGAAAAAAACUUGCGCUGGCGAAUUUAUGCAAUAUGUUAAUUGUAUUGACAAGUCGAGCCCCAAUCAGCAAUACAAACCAUGUCGCAAAACUCAAGCUGUUUUUGAUAAAUGCGCUAAAGACAACAUGGGGAUUGAAAGGCUUCCACAUGACCAUUACGCCAGGGUUCAGAUCCAUAAGACCACCAGACCCAGGCCUCCGGUUGAAGCUCCGGCUGUAUAUCCCGACGCCACUCCUUAUCUGCCAGAAGAUGCUGAAAAGCCCCCAGCGAAACAUGGCUCUCGCUACAUUUUCAUGAAUUAAAGCCACCGGUUUAUAGUCACAUUAUUGUGGUAAUUUAGAAUGUUGUAGUGUCAGCCUGCACAGGUGUUGUAAAUAAAUUUAUUAACAAUU